ACAACACUAGUUUAGGUUUGAGAAACAUGAAAACUGAUGAAUUAUUCCAGGAAGCAGAAAGCAAUGAAAAAUUAGGCAACGUGGACGAAGCUUUUACAUUAUACACAAAAUUUAUUGAAAAUGCAUGCGUGUGCCUGAACAAUCUGAAUGAACAUAAUGAGAAAAUUGCUCUGCAGAAGAAACUUGCGCUGGCUUACAACAACCGAGGUUUGAUCCAGUACAAGAAAGUGAAUUUCCACGAGGCUAUCGACGACUACACCCACAGCCUGCAGUUUGAUCUACAGCUACCACAGACUUUCUACAACAGAGGGCUCAUUCACUACAGGCUGGGUCAUUACGCAGCGGCCAUACAAGACAUGAAGGAGGCUCUCUCUAUUGAUCCAGCCUUUGAAUCAGCUCAGAAAUGUCUGCACCAGUCAAAGGUGGACUGGGAGGAAAAAGGUCAGCGACGAUGAACAGUGAACAGCAGAAAUAACACCAAGAUCAUCACAGACAUCUCAUGUUAGUGGCAGUGAAUAUGAACAGUGAACAGUCUGUCAGAAAUAACACUGAGAUCAUCUCAAGUUAGUGGCAGUGAAUAUGAACAGUGUCAGAAAUAACACUGAGAUCAUCUCAAGUUAGUGGCAGUGAAUAUGAGCAGUGAACAGUGUCAGAAAUAACACUGAGAUCAUCUCAAGUUAGUGGCAGUGAAUAUGAACAGUGAACAGUCUGUUAGAAAUAACACUGAUAUCAUCGCAGACAUCUCAAGCUAGUGGCACUGACUUCCAAUCUCACAUUACUGAUGGUCAGUCUCACAUUACUGACAGGCAAUCUCACAUUACUGACUUCCAAUCUCACAUUACUGAGUCAAACUCAUAUUACUGACUUCCAAUCUCAUCACUGAGUCAAUCUCACAUUACUGACUCAGUCUCAUGUUACUGACCAUCAAUCUCACAUUACUGACCAUCCAUCUCACAUUACUGAUACGUCAAUCUCACAUAACCGACAGUCAAUCUCACAUUACUGAUAAUCAGUCCCAAAUUCCAUAUUUGUACUUUAUACAGACAUUGGUACACUAAUAGUGACUAAUUUGGUCGGCAAUACAAAGUAUUCCCGUAUUUAUUUUUCUCCCAUCCCUAGCCAUGCAAGACAGGCCUAUUCCAUGACAUCAACCCAUGUGGAAUAAAUCGGUCUUGCAUGACCACGUGACUUCGACAGUUUUGAGCUGAUAUUAACAUUGGGUGACGUCACAUAAACGGCAAAAUAACACAAGGAAUGCUUUUUAUAUUUCAUAAAAACAAGGAAACCUGCUGUCAUAAUGAAAUUAUACUAUCAUUUUCAGUUUAUAUUUUCAGUAUAAACCAUUUUUGGGGUACGAUCUUUUCAAUGGUUAUGAUUAUUUUAUUACAAGAUAAAAAAUAAAAAAUGUAGGUUUUCAUGUUUUCCCAAAAUGCUUGUUUUUCAUCUAAUGGAUGGGAGAAAAAGAAUCCUCCAUUAUAUAUCCAAGUGGGACAGGGCUAUUCCACCCUCGGGUACAUAAUAUGAUGAUAAUAUGACAACAGAUUAUAUACCCUCAGGUGGAAUAGCUCUGUCCCACAUGGACACAUAUGAAGGAUUCUUUUAUUCUCAGUAUAUAUUUCCUUGUAUAAAAUAUAAGCAUCCGAUUGCAGUGGUACUCAUAUUCUAAACAGGAAACUAUAUGAUGUGUAAUUUUAGCUAGGUCAGGUCAUAGGUUUUAACAUGCAAGCUGUUGUAGCUCAUGCCUGUCAUGGGCACAGGUGUUGAGGUAUGCUGGUUCCUCAUCGAGGACAGUAAAGGGGUUGAGAGGGGGGGAUGAAGAGGGGACCACCCACACUUGGCAAGUGCAAGAGAGCACAAGCAGCCUGACCAGGGUCAGGGUAAUUUUUGUUGAUAAAUAGAUCCUGUUAUUCAAAAACAUUUUAAAAUGGAACACAAAUAACCAAAUUACAUAUAAAAAAAUAGAGAUGCUUUGAAGAUUUUUUAUUUUACAAUAUUGGCAUUAGUUUUUUGGCAAAUUAAUAAUGAAACAUAUCUGCAAAAUAUAACUUCAUCUUGCAUUUUGUUAUUAGCUAAUAACAGCUUCAGCUUUUAAUAUUUUUUAUUUCAUAUGAAAAGUAGGUAAGUGUUGCAUUUUUAAAAGGAAUGUACAGUGUUCUCGCUGGUCUGAGUCCUGGCAUAUUUUGCUGCCACACCCACCACCAUUCACAUUUUGCACCCCUGCUAUUUCUUUCUCUGCCUCUUCUUUAUUUUUUCAGCACAAUGCUAUAUUUUACCACACCAAUUGAAACUGUUCUAAAAUGUUUUGGGUAUGCGUCAUAAUUUUUAAAACCACAAACAACAAAUUUUACUGUAUUUUCCCAAAGAAUAACAAAGAUUUGUCCAACAUUAAAAUCACACACAUUUCCAUAAUAACAGCAAAAAUCCAACUUGAGAUUUUAUGUUCAACAAUUUUGCACCCAGUCUAGCUUAUCAUUAUUUUUUCCAGACAUUUAUGUACAAAAGCAUUUUUACCUGAAAAAUGAACACUGUCAUGUUAAAAGAAAUGGCUGAACCAUGGCCAUAUAUUCGGCUAAUCUGGUUUUAGAGUGUUGGUAUUUUCAAACAUCUUGCUGGUUUGGGUGGUUUGGCAAAAUGAUUUCAUGAAUCUAAUAAUUGACCCUUUUUUUUUCACCGGCCUUGGUGGCGUCGUGGUUAGGCCAUCGGUCUACAGGCUGGUAGGUACUGGGUUCGGAUCCCAGUCGAGGCAUGGGAUUUUUAAUCCAGAUACCGACUCCAAACCCUGAUUGA